AGACGCCGCUUCAGCCACUCCCUACACCCGGCCGACUCCGUACGCUCAAGUCCAUCCAGAGCUCCAUUCAAAGUGCUGAGAUCCGGAUGAGAGCCACGUUCAGGCUCAUCCAGCACAGCGGACACGAGUUCCAUUAAAGACACGCCGGGAAGGGCUUUAGGAGCCACUCCACACUUGGAGAAUCACUUCUGGGAUCCUACUUUUGCCCGAAGAGUGGAUUUAGCACGAGAGGGAGCAACACUUACAGAGAUAAAGAGGGGGCCACACCUGCAGCCAAAAUGGAGGUGAAGACGUCACUUCUAGACAACAUGAUCGGGGUUGGAGACAUGGUCCUCCUAGAACCCCUGUCGGAAGACUCGUUCAUCGCGAACCUGAAGAACCGCUUUGACCACAAUGAGAUCUAUACAUACAUUGGCAGUGUGGUGAUCUCCAUGAACCCCUACAGGUCGCUGCCCAUCUUCACGCCAGACAAAGUGGAGGAGUAUCGCAACAGGAAUUUCUACGAACUUAGUCCACACAUCUAUGCUUUGGCAGAUGAGGCCUACCGCUCACUGAGGGACCAGGACAAGGACCAGUGCAUCCUCAUUACAGGGGAAAGUGGGGCUGGGAAAACCGAGGCCAGUAAGCUGGUGAUGUCAUACGUGGCAGCGGUGUGUGGGAAGGGCCAGGAGGUGAACAAGGUCAAGGAACAGCUGCUGCAGUCCAAUCCAGUGCUGGAGGCCUUCGGAAAUGCCAAAACAGUGAGGAACGACAACUCUUCAAGAUUUGGAAAGUACAUGGACAUUGAGUUUGACUUCAAAGGAGAUCCUCUGGGUGGAGUCAUCAGCAACUAUCUGCUGGAGAAGUCACGUGUGGUGAAACAGCCAAGGGGAGAGAGGAACUUCCACAUCUUUUAUCAGCUCUUGUCUGGAGCCUCUGAUGACACACUCAAGAAGCUUAAGCUGGAUCGGGAUUUCAGCAAGUACAACUACCUGAGUCUGGACUCUGCCGCAGUCAACGGGCUGGACGAUGCGGCCAACUUCAGGACAGUCAGAAAUGCGAUGCAGAUUGUGGGCUUCAUGGAGGACGAGGUGCAGUCGGUGCUGGAGCUAGUUGCCGCCGUGCUGAAGCUCGGGAACAUCGAGUUCAAGCCGGAAUCCCGCAGCAAUGGCAAUGACGAGAGCCGCAUCAAAGACAAAAACGAUUUGAAGGAGAUGUGUGAGCUGCUGGGGACCGAACAAUCGGUGCUGGAGAGAGCGUUCAGCUACCGCACAGUGGAGGCUAAACUGGAGAAAGUCUCCACCACACUGAACGUGGCCCAGGCCUACUAUGCCAGAGACGCCCUUGCCAAAAAUCUCUACAGUCGCCUGUUUAGCUGGCUAGUGACCAGGAUCAACGAAAGCAUUAAAGCACAACCUAAAUCCCGCCACAAGGUCAUGGGUGUGCUCGACAUCUAUGGCUUUGAGAUUUUUGAGGACAACAGCUUUGAACAGUUCAUCAUCAACUACUGCAACGAGAAGCUGCAGCAGAUCUUCAUCGAGCUGACCCUACGCGAGGAGCAGGAGGAGUACGUCAGAGAGGGCAUCGAGUGGACCAAUAUUGAAUAUUUCAACAACGCCAUUAUCUGCGACCUGAUUGAGAAUCACCAAAGUGGCAUCUUGGCCAUGUUGGAUGAGGAGUGUCUGAGGCCGGGGACAGUCACCGAUGAGACAUUCCUGGACAAACUGAACACCAUCUGCGCUGAACACCAGCACUUUGAGAGUCGCCUAAGCAAGAAUUCAAAGUUCCUCACUGACCACAGCCUGCCACACAACUGCUUUCGCAUCCAGCACUACGCCGGCAAGGUGCUUUACCGCGCCGAGGGCUUCGUAGACAAGAACAACGACCUGUUAUACCGGGACCUGUCGCAGGCAAUGUACAAGGCCAACCACAGCCUCAUGAAACAGCUGUUCCCUGAGGGCAACCCCGCCAAAGUCAACCUGAAGAGACCCCCCACUGCUGGAUUCCAGUUCAAAGCAUCAGUCGGGACGCUCAUGAGGAACCUGCAGACCAAGAACCCAAACUACAUCCGGUGCAUUAAGCCCAACGACAAGAAGGCCUCCCACAUCUUCACCGACUCCCUGGUCUGCCACCAGGUGCGCUACCUGGGCCUGAUGGAGAAUGUACGCGUGCGAAGAGCAGGCUACGCCUUCCGCCAGGCCUAUGAGCCGUGCCUGGAGCGCUACAAAAUGCUCUGCAAACGGACCUGGCCCCAUUGGAGAGGGCCUGCCAGGGAAGGAGUGGAGGUGCUAAUGGCUGACCUUCAGGUUCCAACAGAGGAGUUCUCCUACGGUCGUUCCAAGAUCUUCAUCAGGAACCCAAGAACGCUAUUCUCCCUGGAGGAGAGGAGGAGGCAAUGCCUACAAGACCUGGCUACGCUCAUUCAGAAGAUCUACCGUGGCUGGAAGUGCCGCAGCCACUUCUUGCUACUGAAGAAGAGUCAGAUCGUGGUGGCAGCAUGGUACCGCAGAUAUGCGCAACAAAAGAAAUACAAAAAGAUCAAGAGCGCCACCACCGUGGUGCAGUCCUACACUCGGGGAUGGCAGGCACGCAAACUCCUGAGAGAGCUGAAGUAUCAGAAGAGAUGUGAGGAGGCGGUGACAACCAUCUCUGCCUACUGGCACGGCACACAGGCUCGGAUGGAGCUGAGGCGUCUAAAACAAGAAGCGCGGAAUAUACACGCUGUGACAGUAAUAUGGGCAUACUGGCAGGGAACCAAGGCCCGGAGAGAGCUGCGUCAGCUGAAGGAAGAAGCGAGGAAUAAACAUGCCGUGUCGGUCAUUUGGGCCGGCUGGCAAGGCACCAAGGCUCGCAGGGAGCUGAGAAGACUGAAGGAGGAGGCCAGGCGUAAGCAUGCUGUCGCUGUCAUUUGGGCCUACUGGAAGGGACUCAAGGUUCGCAGAGAGUACAGAAAAUUCUUCAGGGCGAACGCAGGCAAGAAGAUCUAUAACUUUACCAUCCAGAGGAUUAUGCAGAAAUACUUCCUGGGCUUGAAGAGCACCAUGCCCUCCAUGUCCCCCAUAGACAAGAACUGGCCCGUUAAGCCUUACAUCUUCCUGGAUGGAGUUCACACAGAGCUGCGGAGAAUCUUCCAUCUCUGGAGGUGCAAGAAAUACAGGAGCCAGUUCACGGAGGAGAAGAAGGCCGUGUACGAGGAGAAGCUGGAGGCCAGUGAGAUCUUCAAGGAUAAAAAGGCUCUCUACGCCAGCAGUGUGAGCCAGCCGUUCAUAGGAGACUACCUGGAGAUCAGCAAGAACCCCAAAUAUCAGAAACUGAACAGCGUCAUGGACGAGAAGGUGCUGCUGGCCGACGUGGUUAACAAGAUCAACAGGGCUAAUGGCAAGGGCACGGCUCGGAUCUUCCUGCUGACUAAGAACAGCGUGGUGCUGGCCGACCAGAAGACGGGUCAGGUGAAGGCCAGCGUUCCUCUGCCGGACCUCACCAGCGUGUCGGUCAGCACGCAGAGCGACGGCUUCUUCGCUCUCAAACUCAAAGAGGGAUCCGCCUCCGCCAUCAAAGGAGACUUCCUACUCAGCAGCGAACAUCUGAUUGAAAUCAUCACCAAACUUCACCGCACCGGGGCCACGGCUGCAGACAGUGAGCAGCUCAACAUCGACAUCUCAGACGAGUUUCUGGUGCAGUUCAAACACGACAAAGUCUGUGUGAAAUUCAUCCAGGGAGCCACCAAGAACGGCAACAGCGUGUCCUGCAAGCGCAAGAACAACCGCCUGCUGGAGGUGUCGGUGCCCACAACGGUAUAGUGCAGUUCGUCUUCGCCAGAUUUCUUUAGGGGGACCAUUCAAAACCAACGCCUACUCCGGAAUUCAAGAACCAUCACCCCCAGUGCCCACCCUGAGGACUGACAGUGCAGUUAUUCGCCUUUGUUGUGUUGUUGUUUUUCCUUCACUCUCUUUCUUAUCAGAUUUACUCUGGCACCACUAUAGCUGCCACCACUGUUUUUUUGGCGAAGAAAUCCCUUAUCUGGGUUGCAUGCCACAAAAGUUUGGUCAAAUGUUCACUGGUGUUUUGUAAAACUGGGAUAAAGAGUUGAAAAAUGGAUGAAACAAAAAAAAAAUCUCGGUGGAGCGCAAGAGGAAUGUGUCCACCAGUGGCGAUGUUGAUUGUUCUGCCUGUAUGUUGAUUUACUCUUCAGAGAAAAUGUCAUUAUAAGAACUUAGUGACACUUUUGAAGCCUCAACUGGCCUUGACUCAUCCAUUUUUAAAGUGCUUCUGGCUUUAAGCAGACAGCUUUAUUUAGAAUUUGAGAUGAACUGGGAACUUUUGGGGCUGGGAUUACUCUGAAGAACUUUAAAUACUGCACUUGUUUUCACCUCGGUGUAACCAAAAGAGGAUGAGCUGAACUGAUAUUUGAUUGUAUGUUGUUUUAUUUUCUAUAUAUAUAUAUAUAUAUAUAUUUUCUCUGAAACAAAGAAGAGUGGGCAGUUGAGAAGUCAAAUGUAAUUUGCUACGUAAUUGUCAAACCACUUUUUGUACCCUCCUGUAUGUGCCAUUGAACAGGUCACAUGACUUGUCAUGUGUCGUUGUACAAAUAUUAAACGUAGAUAAAACACAUGUGGGUGCCGUUCCCUGUUCACGGAAGAGGAUUAGGGACGUGUCAUCCCUCCAAAAGAAAAUCACUUGUGGCCCUAAUCCUCUUUCGUAACUGUUCUUGACAACACCAUUGCCAAGAAAUGUGAUGUUUUGAACAUGCGGAGGCCAAUGUAAUGUACGUUUUGAACAUUUUUACAGCACAACACGUGAUCAACUUCCAUUUACCUAAUGUUUUGAUGAUAACCCAGCUUUAUUUCAUCUACGAAGACUCAUUUUAAAUUGAAUUGAUAUCCUUAACUCAUAUGAUGUCAUGUAGAAGCUUUGAGGGACACAAUUUAUAAACAAUAAUGGCAGAAAAAGUACCCAAACGAGAAGAAAAAGUACCUACACCUUCUGUAAUAUCUAUCUAUGGCCAGAUUCUAAGCCAAACCCUGGAUAUCAAUCUUUUUUUUUGUGUGCAAUAAAUAAAACGCUUUGUCUCAAUUUAAUCUCUUUCCCACAGAGCGCUAGCUCACUGUACCGUUAGCUGUACAUAUGCUCCGUGUGCUGUGGCCCUGGCAUGGACGAGGGGUUUCUUUAGUCAUUUUAAAUUGCUGUGUUUGUAAAAAAAAAACGCUGUUCUUGCCACUGCUGCUUGAGCUACUGUAAUGCUUGACCCACUCUGACCAAAUGUGUAAUUUUUCAAGGAGAAAAACCAAAUUCUAAGCACACACUAUCAUAAUCAAUCCGAAAUAAUCAACCAGUUCUGUUUCAGCUUUGGUACAUAUUUACGUGAAUGCCAAAUUUGACCAAGUGAUAUAUUUUCAGGUAUAUAAUCUUUAUUUGUACUCUGGUGUCUGUGAGGGAAUAACGCAGCAAAACUUGGUUUGGUUUUGUAAUCCGGUUAACCUGGGUUUGUACGUUUUUGUGUUUUUUAAUGUCACAUACGACACAAGGACUCAAGAAAUCAGUUAUUGCUGUCCCGCGAACGAUGGAGCAGAAAUGCCAGUUUUGAUGCUUUCUCUUCCUUGGCACUGCACAGCUUAGGUGACCACCCCCACUUUCCCUUUUUCUCUGUUUUGUAUUUGAACAAUGGCUAUAGCUGCAAAAUGAUGUCUGCAUUCUUGUGUGCCUAAAUGUAAACCUGUGCUGAGACACAAUAUGGACAUGUUUCAAUAGAAUUCAGUGUUGCAUUUACAAGUAAUCUUUUUCUUUUUUUAAAUUAAAUAAAAAUCCGUAAUAAACAAAUGUUA